AAAGAGCCCUAAAGUUGCUCGUUCAAACCAAAUUCAAAUUCCCAAAAGAUUUUAAGCCACAGUUAGUGAAGCAUCGUCGUCAAGCUUGGGCCCUCCUUCCCUCGAAAACCAAACGGAGGAGCGAUGGACUCCCGCCACCAGCGGCUGGCGACGCUGACCAAGGCCCUGACGGCGCACGUCAACGCCGGCCGCCACGGCGACGCGCUCGCCUUCUUCGCCCACAUGGCCUCCGACCCGGCGCUCCCGCCGCUCGCCGACCCGUCCUUCGCGUACGCCCUCCCGCUCGCGCUCAAGUCCGCCGCCGCGCUCCGCCUGCCCUCGUCCGCCGCCGCCGCCCCCAUACACGCGCUCGCGCGCAAGUGCCGCGGCCUCCUCAGCAACCCCUUCGUCGCCUCCGCGCUCGUCGUCUCCUAUGGUGCAUGUGCCGGCUCCUCCCCCGAGUCCGCGCGCCGCCUGUUCGACGAAUUGCCUGGCCGCACCGCCGUCGUCUGGAGCGCCAUGAUCUCCGUCUACGUCAGGUCAGGGGACGUCGCCGCGGCCGCGCGGGCGCUCGGCGAGAUGGACGUCGUGCCGACUGCCUCCUGCUUCAACUCGGUGAUUGCGGCGGUGGCGGAGUCUGGGGACCGUCCCGCCCAGGCCGUCGAGCUCUACCGGCGGAUGCAGGGGAUGGGCGUCAGGCCCUCGCUCAUCACCCUGCUGGCGCUCGUCCCUGUGUGCACCGCGCUGGGAGCGCUGGGCUCGGUCAGGGAGGUGCACAGCUUCGCAUUGCGGCACGACAUGUUCGCGAGUUGCCACCUCGGCAGCUCCCUCAUCGAGGCGUACGGGCAGUGCGGCUCUUUGGUCGGCGCACAGAGGGUUUUCGACCUGGUGGACGAGCGUGACGUGGUUGUCUGGAGCGCCAUGGUGUCGGCGUACGCGUUCCAUGGCCAUGGAAACGUCGCGAUGUCGCUUUUCAGGCGUAUGGAGCUGGAUAAGGUCCGGCCUGAUGGCAUAAUGUUCCUUGGCGUGUUGAAGGCCUGCGGCCAUGCUGGUCGCGCAGAUGAGGCUUUGAAGUACUUUGAUGUGUUAACCAAGACGCAUGGAGUCGAAGCAUGUGGAGAUCAUUAUUCAUGCUUGGUUGAUGUCUUGGGACGGGCAGGGAGGUUGCAUCAGGCCUAUGAUGUUAUACGGACGAUGCCGGUUAGAGUUACCGCAAAGGCCUGGGGUGCUCUCCUUGCUGCUUGCAGGAAGUAUGGGGAGGUGGGGCUGGCAGAAGUUGCAGCGAGAGCGUUGUUUGAGAUUGAACCAGAGAAUGCAGGGAACUUUGUUUCGCUUGCAAAUGUCUAUUCGGGCUUGGGUAUGCAUGAGGAGGCAGAGCGGGUGAGAAGGGACAUGGAGCAACGAGGCUUGCAGAGCUCACCUGGAAGCAGUUGGACGAUACACCGCAAGUCAAGUGAACUUGUCUGAAGAAGGAGGUUGACAUUUGGAAAUUUCAAGUUUAUUCGGAUACACAAUUUCUGUGUCCAUGAAAAUGUAAGCGGGAUAUGCCAAUAUCUCUUUCUUUUUGGAGGGUCUAUUGAGUAGAACACCACUACUUUUAGUUAAUAGCAUCUGGAAAAUAUUUAAUUGUACCAGAGCCCUAACCCUAAAUCUAUCAGAAUACGCUGCAUCUCAACCUGAACUGAUUGUAAAUGCAGCAGACACUUUUCUGUGGCUUAAUUCUUAGCUGGAAAUCCUGCAUAAACAUCAAAUUUCCUUCUGGGAAUGCUGGAAAGAAGCGAUGACCCUGUUAGAAGUCAUGUCUAUUAUCAAAGUUCAGUCCUAGCCUGAUCUUAUUACCAUCUAA